UUCCCUCCGCUGCGGUGUUGUGGGAAACGCACUUGACCUUUUCCCACAACUUGGGGGCGGCACCGGAUUCCAUCCUGCUCUCCUCGAUCCACCUCUGGGCUCAUUUCAGGUCCGUCUUCUCUUUUAAGACACUCGGGGUUUCUCGGGCGACGCAUCAGUGAGGUCGCAGAUAACAGGAGAAAGAAGAGAGAGAAGAUGGUGGGUUGGGCCAUUGCCGUUCAUGGUGGAGCCGGCGUCGACCCAGGAUUGCCGGUGGAGAGACAGGAGGAGGCGCGGCGGGUGCUAGAGCGGUGCCUCCGGGUGGGCGCCGCCGGGCUCCGUGCUGGGCUCCCCGCCGUGGACGUAGUCGAGAUGGUGGUCCGGGAACUGGAGACCGAUCCUGUGUUCAACGCCGGGCGCGGGUCUGCGCUGACACGGAAGGGUACCGUUGAGAUGGAGGCCAGCAUCAUGGACGGCCACGGCCGCCGCUGCGGCGCCGUAUCCGGUCUCACCACCGUCAAGAACCCCGUCUCCCUUGCUCGCCUCGUCAUGGACAGAUCCCCUCAUUCCUACCUCGCUUUCGACGGCGCCGAGGAAUUCGCCCGCGAACAGGGUGUUGAAGUGGUGGACAAUAGCUAUUUUAUCACGGAAGAGAACAUGAGCAUGCUGAAACGGGCAAAGGAGGCUAACAGCAUCAUGUAUGAUUAUAGAGUUCCAGCGCCGGGUGUGGACGGCGCCAGUGCCGGACUAGAGGGUGCGAAAGUGGAGAACGGUCUGCUGAUGAACGGCCUCCGCAUCAGCGUCUACGCGCCGGAGACCGUGGGGUGUGUGGUGGUCGACAGCAACGGGUGGUGUGCUGCCGCAACGUCCACCGGGGGGCUCAUGAACAAGAUGAGCGGUCGCAUCGGCGACUCACCCCUGAUCGGCUCCGGCACCUACGCCUGCGGUGACUGCGCCGUCUCGUGCACCGGGGAGGGUGAGGCCAUCAUCCGCAGCACACUGGCGAGGGACGUGGCAGCGCUGGUGGAAUACAAGGGGCUCAGCCUGCAGGAGGCCGUGGACUACGCCAUCAAGGAGAGGUUAGACGAGGGCAUGGCCGGGCUCAUCGCCGUGUCCAGAAAUGGUGAGGUUGCGUACGGGUUCAACACUAUAGGGAUGUUCAGGGGAUGUGCGACGGAGGAUGGAUUCAUGGAGGUGAGUAUAUGGUAGACGCACUGUCUCCGCAAGAUCCGUCAGCAGCCUCCACAAAAGAAUGUAGCAAUCUCUGUUUAUGAUGGUAAAAAUCUUCUUCCAAAUCCAAGGGAUCACUUAAUAUGCUUGAACAAGAGAUGAAGCCUAGUAAGCAAUUUUAGGAGCUUCCACUUGCUCAUCUGCUUGUGCUGCAGCUGCAAAUUAGGCAGCAGUAGAAUGCACUAGUGAAUUAACAUCAGUGAUGAUCCUUAUACUUUGAAAUACUGCUGCAAGAUAAUGUAAAUGUACAUAAUUGAGAUCAUAAUGUGAAAGUUACCA